CGUAAUUCGGAUACUGCUUAGAGUAUAUGCAUUGAGCGUAAACAAAGUGGAACAACCAUAUGCCUUUUCUUUUGUUUCGUGCAGUGAUUGUUUGCAAUAUCCAAAAUACCAUUAAUUGUGUAAACCGAAAGCAUAUUAACUGAUUGUCGGUCUCUGAGGUUGUGCAGGCAAUUAUAAGUUCGCUGUUUUCACCCCACACUUGUAUUCGCACCGGUCUCUUGUUAACUUGACCCGUUCCCAAGGCAGCCGCGUGGUCAAAUCGUGGUUAGAUACAAUUCAUCACUCCAUGUAUUUGGUAAACCAUCACAAUGUCAGUCAAUGGAAUAACGCAUGGCUUUACCCUCCCACCACCAAUGGUGUCCUUUCCAAUUAGAAUAGCGUGCGCCAGUGCAGCGUGUAAAUAGCCUACUUAACGUCCUGAAGCAGCAACAAUACAGCCCUUAGUUGAGUUGAGAACUUUUCUCUUUUGUUUGGCUCUGUGGUUUCAAUGAAAGACGCAUUCAAUGAAGUCCUCCCACAGCGCUCUUAGCGUUAUCGAGGAGGCGUUUCUGUUACAAAGUUUGGUUUUCUAAGGGAACUUCAACAAAACUUCCAUGAGUUGUUUGCGGUCUGUUGUUAGAAAAAGAAGGGAGAUUCUUUUUGUCGGCAAAGAUCAACGCAAAGAGCUUAUGUAGCCUCGGAAUGCGGAGUCCCGCAUUUACCCUGAGGUCUGGAAGCUGAAUUCUUGUACAACUCUGCCGGGUGAAGACGUUUAUAACGGAGUCUAGUCCUGCCGUCUGUACUUCACUGCAAGGAGAAAAUGCUGCCAGAUGAUUUUAGCUUGGGCAACAAGUUUAAUAACAGAUAGAACUUAAAUGAAAUGACAUUCGGCUCUUCGAGAGGAAAGGAAUAAAGUGGGUUUCCUUCAGUCGUGCUGCAACAUGUUCAUUCACUGGAGUUGUGGAUUAAAUAUUCCCGGACCAACUUUUUCUCCCACUUACUUUGUUGUGGCGGCUGGGAUCUUAGCCGUGCUGGAAAACGGUAAAACAUUAGCAGUUGAAGGGGGAUCAGGUGCUGAUGUUCACAGGCUACCUCAGUAUGAGGUGGUGCACCCCUCCAGGGUGGACGCGGCGGGCCGGUUUGUGUCAAACGUGCUCUCUCACCGCGUGAGCAGGGUGAAGCGGCGGGACGCUGGGGCGGGGCGGGGUGGCCCGGCCCGCGUCUUCUACCAUCUUCAGCACGAGGGCCAUGACCUGCGCCUCAACCUCACGCUCAACCCCAACCUGCUGGCCCCCGGCUUCCUCACCGAGCGGCGGUACGGUGGCCUGGACGGGGCCAAGAUCCGCUCCCAUGACCACGCCUUCUGCCACUUCCUCGGGGAGGUGUGGGAGCGGCGGGCGGUGAGGGGUCAGGCGGCCAUCAGCACCUGUGACGGCCUGACUGGACUUUUUAAGCUGUCAGAGGAGGAGUUUUUUAUCAGACCCUUGGAGCCUGCUCAGAAUGAAGGGUCCCCCCAGGCUCACAUGAUAUACAAGCGCCACAUCGCCCAGCCCCCUGCCCCAUCCAUACACCCCCUGCCCCAGGACCAGCGCGCCAAUGGGACCUGCGGGGUCACAGACCUGCGCAGCGGCUGGACGCGCGCGGAGCGCCAGCGGGAGCGAUGGGAGGGCCGGCGGCAGAGGCGCAGGCUCCGGCAGCGCUCCGUCAGCCGGGAGAAGUGGGUGGAGACCCUGGUGGUGGCCGACCCCAAGAUGGUGGAGUACCACGGCAGCGAGGGCGUGGAGAGCUAUGUGCUGGCAGUCAUGAACAUCGUGUCGGGUCUGUACCGCGAUGCCAGCAUCGGGAACGCCAUCAACAUUGUAGUGGUCCGCCUUAUCCUGCUGGAGAAGGACGAGGACGACCUGAAAAUCACCCACCAUGCAGACAACAGCCUGAGCAGCUUCUGCAAGUGGCAGAAACAGCUCAACAUGAAAGGGGACGAGCACCCAGUGCACCAUGACGUGGCGGUCCUCCUCACCAGGAAGGACAUCUGCGCCGCCAUCAACAAGCCGUGCGAGACGCUGGGGCUGUCUCACGUGGCGGGGAUGUGCCAGCCCCACCGCAGCUGCAGCAUCAGCGAGGACACCGGCCUGCCACUGGCGUUCACCGUGGCGCACGAGCUGGGCCACAACUUUGGGAUUCAGCAUGAUGGGAACGGAAAUGACUGUGAGCCGAUCGGGAAAAGACCUUUCAUCAUGUCUCCACAGCUCCUGUACGGCACGUCUCCACCCAGCUGGUCCCGCUGCAGCCGGCAGUACAUCACCCGCUUCCUCGACCGAGGCUGGGGCUGGUGCCUGGAUGACGCCCCAGCGCGGGACGAGCUGACGCUGCGCUCCGUGCCCCCUGGUGCUCUGUACAGCGCCGCGCACCAGUGCCGCCUGCAGUACGGCUCAAACUCCCUCCUCUGUGACGACAUGGACAGUGUUUGCAGCACGCUGUGGUGCACCGUGGCUGACACCUGUCACUCAAAGCUGGACGGCGCUGUGGACGGGACCAAGUGCGGCGAGGACAAGUGGUGUUUCAACGGGGAGUGUGUGCCCAUGGGUUUCAAGCAGGAGAGGGUGGACGGGGGCUGGGCAUCGUGGGGCGAGUGGUCGCCCUGCCCCAGGACCUGUGGCGCUGGGGUGCAGAAUUCCCAGAGGGACUGCAGCAACCCUGCGCCCAAGUACGGAGGGAAGUACUGCCUGGGCGAGCGCCGCAGAUACCGCAUCUGCAACAGCCAGCCCUGCACCAGCAACCUGCCCUCCUUCAGGCACGUGCAGUGCAGCCAUUUCGACACCAUGCCGUACAAGGGCAAGUUCUACAAGUGGGUGCACGUCAACAACAGAGUGAACCCAUGUGAGCUGCACUGUCGUCCCCUGAACGAAUACUUCUCAGAGAAGAUGCUGGAUGCAGCCAUCGAUGGGACACAGUGCUACGAGGGAAGCUCCAGCCGGGAUGUCUGCAUCAACGGCAUCUGCAAGAAUGUGGGCUGCGACUACGAGAUCGACUCCAACGCGGUGGAAGACCGGUGCGGAGUGUGUCAUGGCAACGGCUCCACCUGCGAGACGGUGAAGAAGACGUUUGAGAAGAGCGAGGGGCUGGGCUAUGUGGACAUUGGUCUGAUCCCAGAGGGAGCGAGGGACAUUCGCAUAGAGGAGGUGGCCGAGGCUGGGAACUUCCUGGCUCUGCGCAGCAGUGACCCUGACAAGUACUUCCUGAAUGGCGGCUGGACCAUCCAGUGGAACGGGGACUACAAGGCCGCAGGGACGGUGUUCACCUACGAGAGGACCGGCCACCUGGAGAACCUGACCUCUCCAGGACCCACCCUGGAGCCUGUGUGGAUACAGCUGCUCUUUCAGGAGACCAACCCUGGUGUUCGCUAUGAGUACACCAUCAGCCGAGGAGAGACCUUUACAGAUUCGGACAAUGACAUUGCUGUCCUGGAUUUCAUGUGGCAGUAUGGCUCCUGGACAGAGUGUACCGCCACCUGCGGGACAGGUGUCAAGCGGCAGAUCGUCCACUGCCUGGAGCGGACUUCGGGAAUAGUGGAGGAGCACUACUGCGACCCGGCGACCCGCCCCGACGACAAGCGAGCCAGCUGUAAUGAGGAGCUGUGCCCUGCCAGAUGGUGGGUGGGAGAGUGGCAGAAGUGUUCCACGACCUGCGGGGACGUGGGGACGGCCAAGAGGACGGUGCUGUGCAUUCAGAGCGUGAGCCUGGAGGAGCAGAGGGCCCUGCUGCCCUCCGAGUGCCAGCACCUGCCCCACCCGGAGACCGUUACCCCCUGCAACACGCACGUGCCCUGCCCCUCCGACUGGAGCAAAGGCAACUGGUCAGAGUGUUCGGUGUCGUGUGGUGGGGGACUACGGAGCCGCGAUGUGCUUUGCAUGCGAAACACUGGAGCCGACUGUGAUCCAAAGAACAGGCCGAAUGCAGAAAAGCCCUGCCAGGCACCAGACUGCCCCAAGCUGGUGGACGACUUUGGCACCGAAUGGUCAGGCAGUGGCUCAUCCAGCAGAGAGGUGUUUGGCGACAUCAACUCCAUACCGGACAGCAAGCGCUCGCCAAAAUCCGGCCAAGGAACUACCAGGUCCCGCCCGUCCCCUAGAGGCCAUGGCGGUGACCCGAAUGACAUCGUCAGAGGAGUUUUCUCUCAGCACAAUCACAUCGAAGAGAAUGGGCACAACCACAUUGACAGCAGUAACAAUGUGCAGGUCGACGACUUCUACUACGACUACAACUUCAUCAAGUUUCACGAAGAUCUGUCGUACGACUUUGACCUGAGCUUUGGGAAUGAGGGUGGAAGAGUGAGUGAGAACGAUGUGGGGGGUGGUCAAGGAGCUGAUCAGGAAGAGAAGUCCGAUUCCGGUGCUGUCCCAGUAAAGAAUGAUCCUGAAGAAAGGACCACAGAUCCACCUGCAGUUACUUUGCGUAUGCAUACCACCGCCCAAGAUCUCCUGCCCAGUGCCAGGACCACACCCCAGAGUGGCAAAGUCAAGGGCCAAAAGACUCUCGCUGUUCUGCCAGUGGGUCAUGCAGGGGGUCAAGUCGACAUUCCGGCAGAGAAGCCCUCCAACAUCUUGAUUGAGAACGAGGAGGACGGGUUUGAUUCGGAGGACUAUUUCCUGCUCGUUUCCACCACAUCUACGCCAGCAUCCCACAUGUCCACUCCCAGCUUCUCACAGGGGUGGAAAGCCUCAAAUGGUGAUGCUGGCCUCAGUGAGGACCGUUGGACAGUCCACACCUCCGUGUCUGCUGAGACAGAACCUUCCAAAGAUGUGUCUGGGUCCAAUGAGAGGGAGGAGCCAGAGGGACUCUCCCAUGAUUCCCUGGGGAGAAUCUCAGAGGAAGGAAUUCAUGCUGGUGAAACCAAAGAUGACUAUGAAGCUAUGGAGAGCCAGUAUGAGGAUGAGGAUUCACUGCAUGGAGAUUUGAUGGAAGUUACUGUUGGCCAUAACCAUAGCACUGGAGAACUUCCCAAGGAUCUGAUUGGUGGGAAGUGGGUGGACGUGCAUGACGUCAGGAUCCAUGUGCACAGUCCGAGCAGAACCGAAGCUGAGCGCAUAGAUGAAAAUACUCAUAGGAACAGCCAGAGUGAGUGGGGAAAACUCUUACCUUCCAAAGGAGCCACCAGUGGCAGUCUGCUGUUUCACAUUGAAACCAACAAAGAGAGUCAGGCUAAACCUGAAAACCCAACAACAACUGCAAAGCCCACACGUGGCUGGCAGAGCAGGGACCUUGGAGGAGAAGGGCUGCCCACCAACAUGCCUGAUCAUUAUAAUCCAAUAAACACCACUAUUGAGGAGGCAGAACCCAGGCGGCUGAACUGGGUUCUUGAACACACAGUGCAUACUGAUAAAUCAGGUCCUUUCUCUCUGAGCCCACCUGAUCCAGCUGCUAGAAACCAGGUCCAGCCAACCUCACAGGCUGCAGCUAAAGCCCAACCCCCGGCGGAUCUGGAGGAUAACCCAUCACCCCCAGCAGCCAGAGCCGAGAUUGGACAGGCCGCCACCCUCCCCGCUCACCCCACGCACAUCGUGCCCGUCACGUUUGAAACUGGUGGGCCUAGUCCGGGGGAGGCCAACCCUCACACUCCCUCAUUCCUGUGGUCAGAAAUAGACUUCAAUGAAAUCCUGAUACCCCACAAGCUGAGGCCUAGCGGCACGGACCGUCCCGUCACAGACCGGCCCACCCAGGGGGGCGAGAGCCCCGACCCUGAUCGAUUCCCCGGGAACAUGGGCCCCACCCCGCCAGCACGGCCAGACUCCCGCACUUUCUGGACGGCAGGAAACUGGAGUGGAUGUUCCACGAGCUGCGGCCUGGGCGCCACCUGGAGGCCCGUGCGCUGCAGCACAGGGAACGACUCGGACUGCGACGCGUCCAAGAGGCCCCCGCCCGCCCGCCGCUGCUACCUGCGGCCCUGCUCCACCUGGAGGGUGGGGGAGUGGAGCAAGUGCACCCUCAACUGCGGUGGAGGGGUUAAAUAUCGAGAGGUCCAGUGCCACGACACCCGAGACCAGCGUCCCCUGCGGCCCUUCCACUGCCAGCCUAUCGCCCAAAGGCCUGCCACCCGCAUGCCCUGCAACCUGCAGCCCUGCCUAGACUGGUACAGCUCAGCCUGGGGAGAGUGCUCAGAGCUGUGUGGGGGUGGGGAGCAGCAGCGUCUGGUUACCUGCCCCGAACCGGAUGGAUGUGAGGACUCCCUGCAGCCCAGCAGCGUCCAGACCUGCAGCACCCAGCCCUGCGCGCAGUGGGUGACCGGCUCCUGGGGUCAGUGCUCUGUGUCCUGUGGCGGAGGGGUGCAGCGUCGGCUGGUGAAGUGCGUGAACACCGUCACCGAGCAGGAGGAGGAGGAGCGGGAGCGCUGCAACCACCAGCCCUGGCCUGAGAACACGCAGAAGUGCAACCUGCAGGAGUGCGACAGCGCCACACCCGGCUACGUGUGUCUGCGCGACAGUCUGACGUUCCGCCUCUGUCAGACCCUGCAGUGGCUGGGCCGCUGUCACCUGCCCCCCGUCCGAGCCCAGUGCUGUAAAACCUGCAGCCAGCGCUCCCGUGGUAACCAGCGCACUUCUCGACGAUGAGGCCCAGUGGAUCGGACGCUGGGCUGCACUAUAUCAGGGAGGAAAGACACAUCCAAAUGCCUGAUACACACAAACACGCACACACACACAUGCACACACAAGCACACAGACACACCCACAAGCACGCACACACACAUACAUGCGCACACACACACAAGCAUGCACGCACACACACACACACACACAAGCACUCACACACAAGCACACACACAUACAUUACAUUUAUUUGGCAGAUGCUUUUAUCCAAAGUGAUGUACAAUAAGUCUAUAUUGAAGGUCAUUGGAAAACACGCGCGCACACACACAAACACACACUCACGCAUACACAAACACACACACACACACAGCUUUGAAGCAAACCUGCUGCCUCUGCCCAAAGAGCGGCUGAGUGUCUCCCAGGCCCUCAGGAAGAGGCGUUGUUGAAGGCCGAGUCGUUUUUUCCGCUCCUGACUGCGGGAGACACGUCAGCUCUGGGUUCCCCCCCUCAGCGUCCCGGUCUUCUCCUCAGCCAGGGCACAUCCCGGGCGCACUCACAUUGGCACAGGAUUUAAAUUGGCCCCAGUUGCAAUAACAAAAAACCAUCAUUGUGUUCUCUAAAUACUGUUUCAGUUCCCAAAGCAGAAUUUUCUAGGUUUCCCUUGCAGUUUUGUCUGCUCAAGUUGUGGUUUAUGCAGGCGGUUUGGCAGUGGCAGUGCAUGCCUCUAUAGUCUAAACAGUUUACUGGUUUAGUUGGCAAUCACACAGUCCCCUUGCAGUCAGCACAAUGCUUUCUUCACUAUGGUCAACCUGACCAAUUUCCCCAGGAGGUUCCCAAACACUUGAAAAAUGUAUAACUGGUGCUGCAAUGAUGGCCUGGUGCUAUGGGCAGCUGGGUGCCUUUCCCUACUUGAACUGUUGGUUUGUUAUUUUUAUUUUUAUUUUUAUUAAUAAGAGAUCUCUCGAUGUCUCUCAAUGAUGAAGUGCUCUGGCUGGUGAGGCCAUCUCAAGGGACACACAGGUGUAAAGUAAUACAAUGUUUUUUGUUCUUUCGGUGUUGAGAAAUGUUGAUGGUUAAAGGGGUCUAUACGUUGCUCAAGUAGAAAUCAUGUAAAGUACUAUUUGAGUCAUAUAUAUUUGAUGAUCAGCUUCAUGUAUAUGUAUUUUAAAAGGUUCACAUGUUUUUUUUUAACAAUCAAAUGCUUGUAAAUUAUGCAGCUGGUUUCAGGCAAUAUUUUAUAUUUGCUUCACAGUCUUUUUUUAAUCUCUGGUUCCCUUUUUAUUAAUAUAUGUUAAUCUAUAAUUGUUUAUUUGCAGUGCAAGUUUUUCAGAAAGAUAACUGACCUCCUUGUAUUUGAUUCCUGUAAAAUCACUGCAGUGAGAAUCCCAUUUCCUUAUAAUGAAUGAUAGCUACCAGUGGAGUGCAUCUAGUAUGACAGAUAAUGAUUCCUAUUAGUGUAUCAUUGUUUUUUUUGUUUGUUUAUUUGUUUUUUGUUUUUUACUUCUGUCCAUGGUGCCUUGCAUAUACAUUUUAAACCACUCAAGUGUUUUGUUACUUUAUUAUUUAAAGCAAUGGCAAACAUCUUUACGUGUGGCCUUGGUGCUUUUUAAAUACGAUGUAUGUGCAUGUGUGUUUUGAUGAUGAUCUGACACUUUAGAAUCAGUGAAUGGACUGGGAGUAAAUGCUGUGUUAAUUCAGGGACCAAAUCAGUCACUCUGUUUGGGAAUUUUAGGCUAAAGACGGUGCCAUUUUUCCACAGCUUUUAUAAUAUACACAGAGUGCAUGAGAGCCUUUGCUUUUCCUCCCCAAACUGGCAUCGCUGCCCGCCUCCGUUCAGUGACCACGGUGCCUCCUGCGCCUGGAGCACUGAAGCGCAUGCACCCCUCUAAUGCACCCGCCUGUAAACCCGCGAAUGUGUUCCACACAAACGGCCGUGCAGCCUUACAGAAGAGAAGUAGUGCCAGCAUGCCUCUGACUGAAGAUCAUUCUCAGCCCGUGUCAUUGGGAGGGUACUCAUGUAGCAUUAGCUUGGCUGACUGCAGCCCACCCUCCUCCCAGUGUCCCACAGCUGUGAAUGCACAGUCAUAGUCAGUUAGUGCCAUAGCUGAGACCAUCCUGCUACUAUAGGGCCCAGCCAGCACCUGUACUGACCAAGCCUCCACUGAUGCAUUAAUAUUAGAACAAUAGAACAGAUUGUGGCCAUGUGUUACAGCUCCCCCCUGGGCCCAUGCCAGCCUGUUUGUGUGUGGACAGCCAAGAAGCUCCUCAGGGUUCAGAAACCCAGCUGUGUGGUUGCGCAUACAGAGCACACACCCUAGGAACCUGCCUUGUUUACAAGUGAUUUUGCAGAGGUCAGCUGAAAAUCGCUCGCAUUCACACGCAAUUAAGAAUGCUUCCUGUUUGUUCAUCCACAGCAGUCCCAGGGCAGCUGGCUCAUUUGUCUGUUUCAGGUACUGAUUUCCAUCUCCGGGCCACUGGCACACAGUCGCAGUGCACCCUCGUUUGUAAUGCCUGUGAGCACACAGUGUGCGUGUGAAUUGGGCCGGCGUGUCCACAGCUGCCUGGCAAAUGCACGCCUGUCAAGAGUGUCUGUUCUGUGAAAAAUGGUAGCUGUCUUUCAAGAUAUGUAUUUUCUUCUUGCAGAGAAAAAAACAAAAAAAAAAAAGAAUUCCAUUUUGUUUUGUAUUUAUACAGUAUGUACCA